AUCAAAUUUCAUUAUCACAUUGUAAGUGUGUGUGGAUCUAUGCAUUGCUAAUUUACUGAUCAAAAGCAUAGCAAAAAAAGAAGAAGAGAGAAAAGAGAGAAAAAGUAGGAUGGCAGAAUCUGUUGCAAACGCGUCUCUGGAAACCCUUCGUGAUUUGCUGGUUGAAGAAACUAAGUUUCUGGUUAGUGUGAGCGGUGAUGUUGAGAGAGUGAAAGCAGAUCUGAGAAGCAUCCAUGCCUUGUUGAUGAAAGCUGACAGAGAGAGACGCGAUUCUCCAACUCUAAAGCUUUACAUUUCCCAACUCAAAGAUCUGGCGGAAAAAGCUGAGAAUCUGCUCGAAACGUAUGCCGUUGAAGUGCAAUCCGAAGUGGAAGGACGAAAGACUCUCAAGGAAAAAUUUCAAAGGUACAUUUGCAUCAUUCUUGAAUGUUGCAGUGUCCGCAAGGUUGGAAAAGAGGCUCGCUCGAUAAUAUCAGCAUUGGCCGAGCUCACUAACAAGUUAGAGUCAGAGUUGGGACAAGAAAGCUCAUCUCUCUCGAGGCAGGGAGAUGAUGAGCGGCAACGGAUGUUGAGGCAGACGUAUGGUCAUGAGGUUGAGCAUGAUUUUGUGGGCAUGGAGAAAGACAUCGAGCUUUUGGUCUCAAAGGUGAAGGAUGAAACGAGAAAUAGACGAGUAGUGAAGAUAUAUGGGAUGGGUGGUCUUGGAAAAACUACUCUCGCCAGAAAGGUCUACAACCACACAGACCUCCUAUCUUAUACUCGAGCAUGGGUUUGCAUCACCCAACAGUUUCAACCAAAGGCCGUUUUUGGUGAUAUUUUGAAACAACUUGAUAAAAACGCACAGAUUGGUGGCAUGGAAGAGUUGGUGAGAGGAAUUCAUAAUUUGUUGAAGGAGAGGAAAUGUCUGGUGGUGAUUGAUGAUAUUUGGAGUAAUGAUGAUUGGGAGAUCAUAAAGCAAGCUUUUCCUGUGAAUUGUAAUGUCAUUCUUACCACUCGUUAUGAGAACAUUGCAAAUCGACAAUCCGAACCUUACAAGUUGGAAUUUAUGACAAAAGAUGAAGGUUGGGCUUUACUUCAAAAAAUAGCAGAUUUAUCUCCAGUUGAUCCGGAUUUUAAAUCAUUUGAAGAUAUUGGAAGAGUAAUUGUAUCAAAAUGCGAAGGUUUACCACUAUCUAUUUGUGUUAUUGGAGGGAUUUUGCAUCAAAAAGUACAUAGUUUACCAGAAUGGAGAAGGGUAAAUCAAAACAUGGAAUUGAAUUUGAGGCGUGGAGAAGGUGUUGAAAACUACACCAGAGUAAAUCAGGUGUUGGAGUUGAGCUAUGAUGCCUUACCUUAUUAUUUAAAACCAUGUUUCCUCUAUCUAGCAUGUCUUCCCGAGGAUAAAGAGAUUAAUACAGAGAAAUUGUAUCUAUUGUGGAUGGCGGAAGGCUUCAUUUCAUACCAAGAUAAAGGACCUAACGAGACUCUAAGAGAUGUGGCCCAAAGAUAUCUAAAAGAACUUGUUAUGAGGUGUAUGGUUCAACUCCAUAAAGCUAGGUACUACUUUCCACUUAACAAGUUCGAUACAUGUGGGCUUCAUGAUUUGAUGCAUGAUCUCUGCUCUUCUAAAGCUGAAGAAGAAAAGUUUCUGAAGCGUAUUAAUGCUUCUAAAUAUCUGACCGACAGGCUUUCACCAACUCAAAAAAGGUUAGUAAUACCUCCAUCCACUGGCGAUUCCAUAAGCAGGUUAGCCAUCAAUUUUGACUUCCGCAGCUUUACUGUGUCAAGUAUAGAUGGGUUAGAGGAAAUUAAAGGUCUUAGAUCGUUUAUGCUUUUCCCAAAGCUUAGUUCUCUUCCAACCAGAGGCUUCAAAGAGAGUACGAUUGACUUUGAGAUGUCCCAGUACUUGAGGAUAUUUUUGGUAGAAGGUUGUAAGUUUGAAGGGGAAAAGUUACCAAUCAAGGUGGGUGAACUUAUUCAUUUAAGAUACUUGAGUUUGCGGUACUCUAAUGUGGGUGAGCUACCAAAGUCUAUAUGCAACAUGCCAUACCUACAGACCUUAGAUUUGAGAGUCUCGCAUGUUAUAAGAUUGCCAAAUGUGAUUUGUAAGAUGAAAAGACUAAAGCAUUUGUUUCUCCCAUCAAUUGGCAUAGAAGUGAUUGGAGGGGAGAAACUAAGACUAGAUGGGCUACACGAGUUGGAGACAUUAGAAUGGAUCGACAGUGAGACAACUUGCAUUGCUGAUAUCCCCAAAUUGAUUAGUCUACAGAGUCUACGUGUUAGAGUUUUUGAUGAGGAUUGCAUGUCAAUUGUGUUGAGCAACAAAAAUAGACAAUUACGUGAGACUCAUCUUGAGGUUAAGUCAUGUGAUCUAAGUUCAGAGAAAAAUAUGGAGGUUUUAAAUGAGGGGUUGAUGUCUCCAUCGUUGAUUACUUUGAUGAUGUCUAGUUGCAAUAUGAGUGGUGGUUUUCCAUACUACAAACAAGGGAUGUGUCAGAAUUUAGCAAUUUUGGAACUAUAUAAUUGCAAGGGUAAGGUAGACGUGGAGGAGUUUGGCAAGUAUCCCAUGUUGCAAGUGCUAGCUUUAGAUCACUUUGUCAAGAUGUCAGAAACAAUAACUUUCCGUUCAGAUUCAUUUCCACAACUCAAGCUCCUUGAAUUCCAAUGGUUGCCAGAUUUAAAGAAAUUGGAAGUGGAAAAGGGAGCAAUGCCAAAACUUACUUCCAUUGUCAUCUUGGAGUGCCCCAAUUUGGAGAAGGUUCCAGAUGGUUUGAGCUCCUCUCUUCGACUGAUGGGAAUCAAUGAGUUUAUACCAAGAGAAUUUAUAGUGAGAGUAGAAGAAGAAGAUUAUGGGCCACUUGUCGAGAAGAAUAUUAAGGGUCCAUUCUAA